CAGCAACUUCCGGUAUUAAAUUUCGAAUUUUCCAACUCUUCCACAGCCACAGGGCUACUUUGCAGCUUAUAUUUCAUGGUUAAUUAAAAUCGGGUUCUUACAGGAUUAACAGCUAUAUAAAACAGAAUUCAUGAUGGCUGGUACAAAGUUAAAAGUUCAUCACUAUUACAUAAGAAAUUCAGAAGUACCAUUUGAAGAAGAUAUGUUCAAUGAGUUUAAAGGUCAUAGAAAUUUAGCAGUGGAAGAGUUACCUCCCUGGACACAGGAAACCACCAAGGAAAAGGCAUCAAGAAGGGCUGUUUCUAGGGCAUUGAAUGCUAUGCUAAACACAGGUAAAGGUGGAAAAGUUUACCUGGGAAUUGUGGACAGUGGAAUGGUAAGGGGUCUGCAGCUUACAACUUAUCAGCAAGACCAUGUAAUUGGUAGUCUAGAUGAUUUGAUGUCCAGGUAUAAGCCUCCAGUAAAGAAACAUCGUUAUAGGUUAAAGUUUGUUCCUGUUGUGGACACAAAAUGUUCUGAGGAGGAAAUUAUCAAGCAGUGUUCUUAUGAUGCAAGUGAUUACUGUGACGAGACAGAGAGAAUGAAGCCACAUAUAUUCAGAAGUCAUCGGUAUUGUUGGUGUGAUAAAGAUGGUGUAGCUCAGUUUAAUUGUGGUGUAAUGACACAAGAUUAUGUAAUUGAGAUAGACAUCUUACCAUGGAACAGUAAAGAUCCACGGAAUCAAGACAGUGGAUGUGGAUCACUGAUAAAUCUCCAUCCACUGCAUGAAGAUGAGGAAGGUUCAGUCUACUUCAGAAGACAGGCAAGCUUAGUUAAGUACUCUAUGUCAGAAAUAUGUGAGUUAACCAGACAGGAAGCCAGGGAAUCCUUGGAGGAAGAAGUUAACAGGCUGAAAAGAGAAAUAAUCACAAAAGAGGAGCUAUGUUAGGAGACCUAUCCUGUCAAAUACUAGUAAUAGACAUUGCUAGGAGGCAUAUGUUUGUCCUACCAUUCUGAUGAUAGACAUUGCUACCAUAGAUGGUGAGAAUUCAGGUAGUGUCAUACCUAAAAGAAUUAAAAAGUUCUCCAACCAGCAACAUGAAGGACAUGUACAUUGAGGAAUGAAUUUAGGACAUUACAAAUUGUUGAUUGAGACUGUUUAACAUUAGACAGAAAAAGCUUGAAGAUAAAACACUAGCUUCAUUAAUUGAGGGAAGUUUGUUUGCAGAAAUUUUAUUUCGUAGCAAAUAGUAUUUGUAACUUGUUAUCUUAUGUUUGAUAUAUGAAUGUUUAUUUUUGAAAAAUGAAUUACGGUAUGUUAUAUAAUGAAAUGAUGUAUUUUAUACUGUUAUAUAUAUGAAAGAACAUUUGAUGAACAAUAAAACAGAUGUAUUUCA